AUCCAUCAGCCAACUAAAUCUCACAAUUCAUGCAGUUUGAAGUAUGGGAAAGAAAAUGAAAGAAUUUCUACAAGACAUGAAAUAAAACACAGCUACUUCACUGUUGUCAGGGAAAACACCAACUGCUCCAAAAGAAUGUGUUUUUCUCCCAUUCUGGAAAUCAACAUGCAGUCUGAAUCUAACAUUACAGUGCGAGAUGACAUUGAUGACAUCAACACCAAUAUGUACCAACCACUAUCAUAUCCAUUAAGCUUUCAAGUGUCUCUCACCGGAUUUCUUAUGUUAGAAAUUGUUUUGGGACUUGGCAGCAACCUCACUGUAUUGGUACUUUACUGCAUGAAAUCCAACUUAAUCAACUCUGUCAGUAACAUUAUUACAAUGAAUCUUCAUGUACUUGAUGUAAUAAUUUGUGUGGGAUGUAUUCCUCUAACUAUAGUUAUCCUUCUGCUUUCACUGGAGAGUAACACGGCUCUCAUCUGCUGUUUCCAUGAGGCCUGUGUAUCUUUUGCAAGUGUCUCAACAGCAAUCAACGUUUUUGCUAUCACUUUGGACAGAUAUGACAUCUCUGUAAAACCUGCAAACCGAAUUCUGACAAUGGGCAGAGCUGUAAUGCUAAUGAUAUCCAUUUGGAUUUUUUCAUUUUUCUCUUUCCUGAUUCCUUUUAUUGAGGUAAAUUUUUUCAGUCUUCGAAGUGGAAAUACAUGGGAAAACAAAACACUUUUGUGUGUCAGUACAAAUGAAUACUACACUGAACUGGGAAUGUAUUAUCACCUGCUAGUACAGAUCCCAAUAUUCUUUUUCACUGUCAUAGUAAUGUUAAUCACAUACACCAAAAUCCUUCAGGCUCUUAAUAUUCGAAUUGGCACAAGAUUUUCAACCGGGCAGAAGAAGAAAGCAAGAAAGAAAAAGACAAUUUCUCUAACCACGCAGCAUGAGACUACAGACAUGUCACAAAGCAGUGGUGGGAGAAAUGUGGUCUUUGGUGUAAGAACUUCAGUCUCUGUAAUAAUUGCCCUUCGGCGAGCUGUGAAACGACACCGUGAACGACGAGAAAGGCAAAAAAGAGUCUUCAGGAUGUCUUUAUUGAUUAUUUCUACAUUUCUUCUCUGCUGGACACCAAUUUCUGUUCUAAAUACCACCAUUUUAUGUUUAGGCCCAAGUGACCUUUUAGUAAAAUUAAGGUUGUGUUUUCUAGUCAUGGCUUAUGGAACAACUAUAUUUCACCCUUUAUUAUAUGCAUUUACUAGACAAAAAUUUCAAAAGGUCUUGAAAAGUAAAAUGAAAAAGCGAGUUGUUUCCAUAGUGGAAGCUGAUCCUCUGCCUAAUAAUGCUGUAAUACACAAUUCUUGGAUAGAUCCUAAAAGAAACAAAAAAAUUACCUUUGAAGACAGUGAAAUAAGAGAAAAAUGUUUAGUACCUCAGGUUGUCACAGACUAG